AUGAUGAACCAGAGGAUUUCUUACCUGACCUCUGUGAUCUCUGGGGAGCCUCAGCUCUAUACCUGGAAAAAGGGUUUCAUACAAGAUUGGUGGGAUUCAGCGUAUGCCAAAUAUAUCUCUGGAAAUGAAUUCACUGAGUGUGACAGAACAUCUCUAUUCAAUAUCUUCAAGAAAUAUCUCCCAGAGCGCGCCUGGCUUAGAGAAUCACUGUUCACAGAGGCAAUGUUGGAUAGCGAUGUUGGCCAACCGUGCCUAGAUGAUAUGGCUGCGCUCUGUACAUCCAUGGAAAGCGUGGUUUACUACCCAGGACUGUUGCCCAUGAACAACUGCAGCCCAAUAUGCUCCAAGCCUAUGUCUGAUAUUGAAAUGCAGGGUUGA